GAGUUUUAUGAUGGCAAGACAUUAUUGUGUACAGGUUGCACUGGAUUUAUUGGAAAAACACUUGCCGAAAAGAUUCUUCGUUGCCUUCCAAAUGUAAACAAGGUAUACCUUUUAAUCAGAUCCAAGAAAAAGUAUGCUCUUUCAAAAUUAAUCUAUGCUUUACGUUUAAAUGUAUUUGGUACACUGAAUAUGUUACGUUUUGCUCUUCACUGUCCAAAUGUGCAAUGCUUUACACAUGUUUCAACUGCCUACGUUAAUUCUAAUCAACCAAGUGGAUCAAAAAUUUUCGAGAGAUUUUAUCCACUCUAUUUACAGAACUCAACUGUUGGAGAGAAACAAAAGAAGCAUAGAAUUAGAAAACUUGUCACUGGAUAUACCAAUACACAAGAAUAUACACAGGAUGUUCACAAUAAGGAAGACCAAAAUUUCAUGACCCAAUUCACCAAUACGGUCCUUAAAAAUACCAAAUUCCCAAACACUUACACAUUAACCAAACAUUUGGCUGAAAAGCUUGUUGCAAAAUAUCAUGGAAGAGUUCCAAUAUCCAUUGUCAGACCAACUAUUGUUGGUGCAGCUCUCAAAGAACCACAACCAGGUUGGAUUGAUGCUGUUUCAGCUGGUGCAGCUGUAUACUUAUUUAUUGGGCUUUGCGUUUUGAGAAUAAUUCCAGGAAAAUACGACUCUAUUUCAGAUCAAAUACCUGUAGAUUUUGUAGUGAAUACACUUUUAAUAGCUAUCACCACUUCCAAAGAUGGUAAUGAAAGAGGCCUUUUACGAAUUUAUCACAGUGGAACUUCAACAUCAAAUCCAGCUCCUUGGAGAACAACAGCUACCAGAGUUGCUGAAUAUUGGAGAAAAUGUCCAUCCAAACGUAAGAUUGAUCCAAGUAUGAGUCCAAACAUUCUUAUGAUUGAUAAUCCAAUUAAUUAUAAUACCCAAUUUUUCUUGAGAUAUACUGCAUGGUCACAAUUGUUCAAAGCAUUGGAUAGACUUUCUUAUCAUUAUCAAAAUUCCGUUUCCAUGUUGAAUGGAAACAAUGACCUCUUAGGAAAUUUAAUUAAG